AUGGGGUACUCCUUCAGCAAACGCCUUUUCGGUCUCGAAUAUGAUGUCUUCGCUAAGCAGCUGCGCGGAAAAAUUGACGCUCAUGCUUUGAAGUCGCUAUCGAGCGAAAGAACUACUAGCAAAUCGAGAAAGAAGCUCUUAAAGUGGGAUUUGCGGUGGGAGCUGCACAUGUAUGUCUUCAGAAGAGAGGUUCUUCUGUUGACAGGUCAUAAACCACUUGUAGCAAGCAAUUUUUGGAGGCAGUCGAAGGACGAGUACGACGUCGCCGAUGUCAUGCAUUUCCUUCACGUCGGAUUUCGCUGUGAUGGCCAACCGUUCCCCGCGGUCGAGGGAGCUUCCCUCUUGAUUCUUGUCGUUGUAGUCGUACUACUCGAGUUGUUCGUCAACGCACUCAAUUUGUGGCUCUCGUGUGGAGCUCAUGUAAUCGUCGUCAACGGACCCAGAGCAGUCGAAGAAAACAGUUGGGACCGAUUGAACGCCAAGACAAGGAGUCAUAUCAAUGGAUAUGUGGACACGUAUCCAUCGUUUCUCAAUCAGAUACACUGCCUCGUCCCUGCCGAACCUGGAAUUCUCAGUUCUACAAUGGCUUGUCUGAAGGUUGGCGUGGUUCAUAAUCCGAUAGGUGGUGGCCAGUGGAGCAAGCGUCCAGUUUUUCGAGUUUCUCAGACAAGGAAGGAUUACGUGAAGCUCGACGCUGUAAAGAUUCCGAAAAGCAUGAAGCCGAGAGGAAAUCCGUCGGAAGGAAGAAGCGCGCAGUCGUCUGGUGGGCCGGACGAUAAAGGAUGGCCGCAUUUCCAUUUAAAGCGCGUGGAAAAGCGCAAGAUGCGGAGUCUAGAGAGGGCCACCGCGAAGAAGUUGGACGAACUGAAAAUGUAA